GCGCGAAGUUGACCGCGCGUCGCGCAUCGUGGGGCGCGAUGCGCGAAGUUAAGUGACCUAGAUUGUGUGUAUCCAUUUUGGCUCGAGCCGCGAUCUCAAGCGGACACUCAUCCGCGCGAAACGCCCGCCAGUUUGCAGCUUCUCUUGGCCCGCUGGCCCUGCCCUGCCUGAGGGUAUCGCUAUGGCUCUCCCCACGAGCAUGAAGGCGAUGAAAGCGGCCAAGGCGACUCCCAUGAAGCCAAGGGUCAUGAAGGCGAAGCGCUUCAGCAAGAUCGCGAGGGGGAGGUUUGCGAAAGCCAUGGUCUUCCGGGGUUCUAAGCAGAAGACCGUGGGCGGCUUGACUAAGGAAAUGCUGAUGAAGAACAAGCGCGGGAAGGUUGUGUCCAAGAAGGCUUCUGCCGCAUCGAAGAGAAAAUACAAGAGCAUCGAGGCGUGGACCGAAGCCACGGCGUCGGCGCGCAGGGCGCUCCAGCUGAAGGGGUUCACGGCCAUCAACGGGAAGUCGGUGCAGGGCAAGGCCUUGUACGUCAAGGCGAAGGCCCUGCUGGCGACGGCCAGCGGCGCCUAGGAGGCAGCCCGGGUCUCGGCCGGGUGCGGCGGCCGGCGUGCGCGGUGCGAUUGGUGCCGGUUUCAGCCGCCCCGCGAUCCGUCGUGGGCACCCACGGGGGUCGCGGGCCGGAACGCUGCUCGGCCUCCAGGGGCGCGCGGCGCACGCCCGGCGAGGGGGGGCUGUACGGACCGGGCGCAGGGGAGGACACAAAACAAAUCAAGUGGCCCAGAUUGUCUUGCCGGUUGCCUUCAGCCGUCCGGUGCGCUCGGUUUGCCAGCGAAGGGCCAAGACGCAUUGAAACCAGAC